AUGUCGCCCAGCAAGUGGGGCGAGGACGAGCGGAAGAGCACGAUACGGCCGAUGCGGUCGACGAGUGCGAUCUCGAUGCUGAGCGAGGGCGAUGUGUCUGUGUUCGCACGCAUGCAGCAACCGCAGCUUCGCCACAUCUGCCCAUCUGGGCCUAUCACCAGCCCCUCUGACUGCCUAGCGAGGUAG